AGUGGCGGCGGUUGGCCGCGGGGAGGGGCUGCGGACGUGCCGUGUGCGCAUGCUCCGCGCCGCCCCUCCCCCUCCCUACGUCACCGGCGGGCGUCACCGUUACUGUUAGCGUCUCUCUCUCUCUCUCUCUCCCUGCAGCCAGCGUUUAAAGCAGCGGCUCUGCAAUGUCGCACCAGACUGGAAUACCCGCUACCAGGGAACUAAAGGAUUUCUUUGCAAAGGCCCGGAAUGGAUCUAUUCGUGUUGUGAAGGUCAUAAUCAGAGAUGAGCAAUUGGUAUUGGGAAUGUACAAAGAGCCAUCACAGACAUGGGAUAGAGACUAUGACAAUUUCAUCCUUCCCUUGUUGGAGGACCUGCAGCCGUGCUACAUUCUAUAUCGCCUCGACAGCCAGAAUGCACAGGGCUACGAAUGGCUUUUUAUAUCCUGGUCGCCUGAUUAUUCCCCAGUCAGACAAAAGAUGUUGUAUGCGGCAACUCGGGCCACCGUGAAAAAGGAGUUUGGUGGCGGACACAUUAAGGAUGAAUUGUUUGGAACAAUGAAGGAGGACGUUUGUUUAGGUGGCUAUCAGAAACACAUCCAGUCCCGCUUGGGGCCAGCACCACUUACGGCAGCUGAGGAGGAACUGAAACAGAUUAAGAUUAAUGAGGAGUCUAGCAGCAAAAUGGUAAAGACCGAGAUCAGCAUUCAAAGUAAACACCAGACAAUGCAAGGUAUUGCAUUUCCAAUCCAGGAAAGUGCCAUGACAGCUAUUCUCUUACUUAAAGAGAGGAAGAUAAAUUACAUCCAAAUGAAACUAGAUAUAGGGAAGGAAACCAUUAACCUGGUGCAUACUGAUGUCACUGACAUUCUUGACUUGCCAAAGAGAAUCCCAAAUAAUGCUCCUCGCUAUCAUUUUUUCCUCUACAAACACUCGCAUGAAGGUGACUACAUAGAAUCUGUCGUAUUUAUCUACUCCAUGCCAGGGUACAAAUGUGGUAUUAAAGAUCGAAUGCUGUACUCCAGCUGUAAGGGUCCUCUAUUGGAUGUGGUAGAACAGCAACUGCAACUUAAAGUCGUCAAAAAGAUUGAGAUAGAUAAUGGUGAGGAGUUAACGCCAGACUUCCUUUACGAAGAAGUCCAUCCAAAGCAACAUGCCUACAAACAAGCCUUUGCAAAGCCCAAAGGCCCAGCAGGGAAACGUGGACAGAAACGGAUCAUUAAAGGAGCUGGCGAGGCUGAAAAUGGAGAGGACUUUUAAAGCACAGUCAAGAAUAAGGGACUUUGAACUUUCUAUUUUAACACUAAAUUUUUAAAUUAUAAUAGAAUAUUAAUUUACAUCAGUUAAAAUUAACUUUUACCUUCCGCUCCCAAAAUGCAAUAAGCACCUUUUUUUUUGAUUUUUUUAAACUUUGUUUGCUGACGGCUUUAUCAGAAUUUUUGGGAGAAUUUUCUUUUACCUGUACAACGACUGUCAUGUCAUCAUUCUACUAAACAGAAAAUAAUUAGCAGUGUUUUAUAGCAUCUGUAUAAUUACUGCUGGAUUUACAUGGCAACGAUGGCAAGCAGUCUAUUAUCCCACUUGGAAUCAGGAUCAGUUGGCAAUCCACUACCAAAUGCUUUACCACUAAUCUAAGGUGGGCAAUUGGCAGUCUUGUCAGAUUCCUAUAAAAUACAAUUAAAUGUGAUGUUUUCAAGAUUUGACCAAAACAUAAUGCUUAAUUUGAAGGACAACCUAUGGGCAGAAAAUGCAAUUAUUUCAUUGCCAACACUACAUGCUAUCCAUAUUCAGAAGCGCUAUCAAAAUUGCAUUAUCUAUUUUUAUGCACCAUUAUCAGAUUUGAAUUCUUAAGGAAAAGGUCCUGGGAAUUCAUUGUCUGAGUUUACACGGUUGGUGUGCAGCCCAGCAAAAGACCACUCAGUGCCAAAGUGCAUUUACUGCCGUGGUACUGCCAGGGGAUCUGAUCUUUUAUCCCUGCGCCAAAGUGACACCGAACAAAUCCAUAAACUCCUACACUCACCACAGAGAGAAUUAACCACAUACUCUUCCCACAGACAGUGAGGGAGUUGGAAUAAAUAAUCAUAAUAAUCAACUGUGGAAAUAGUAGACAGACCAUCCCCAGAAAUGUCAUUCAAAUGUCUGCCUAUUGAGCUGUCCCCAGCUCUACACUACCCUUCAACUUCGAUGUACAUGUAAGUUUUGGUUAUUUUGAAACAUGACUUCCUGAUUUAUGUUUGAAGGGACAGGUGCCCAAUGUAAGCCAGUUUGGCUUCUCAACUUUAUUUACCUUUUGUAUAUAAUUAGAGUUCUCCACAUGAGGAGAACAGGAAAGAAAAUGGAUCACAAUGUUCACCUGAAUCUGAUUCUAACCUGGUUCCUGAUUCAGAAUGUGUUUUGUUUUUGUUGAAGGAGUGUAGGUUCCCGUACUGUAAGUUAAUUUACACAAUGCACUUUGCUUUGGUGAAACUGUAAACAGGGCGUGUGUCUGCGUUUACAGCUGAAGUGUCUGUAGGACUAAAACCAUGGUACAACUGAUUCAAAUAAAUCCAGAGCUGAAUUUGGGUAAUAAUGACAAGGUAUGCAUCAGGGAGGCUUAACGCGGCACCUUUCACUGGUAUUUCCUUUCAGUGUAGAGUUGGUCCUUUCUGAAAAAUAAUAAAUGAAUUUUAACUUGUAUAAAUCACAUCAGUUUUAAAAUUUGUAAUGUCAAAUGAUUGCUGAAGGCAGAAUAUCUAUUUAGGUAUGUGCAUACAGAGUAAGUCUUCAGCUAAACAUAAGGUGCUGGAAUAACUUGGAGGUCAGGCACCAUCUGUGGAGAGAAUGGACAGGCAACGUUUCGGGCUUGGACUCAAAGUAAGUCUUUAAUUCAUUCUUUAAAUUUCAGCUUCUGUUGGGAUACAAUCAGUGGCAUUGAAGAUAGGGAUCUCACAAUGAUCAACACCUUCACAAGGUAGAAGGUAGAAUACCUUAAUUCUUUGAGGUAUGCCACUUAAAUGUUUUGGGUAAGCUGCCUCACUUUGUGUCAUUUCCGCUCUUGUUGGAGACAUAGAAUGGUACAAAUGAACAUUUUAAAUAUAAAAUAUUUUCAUUUUGAAUAACAUUGUGCUGACUAUACUCCAGCCAGUGAUCGAUCCCUAUCCCCACCACAAGUAAGCAUGCAGGUACAGCAGGCAAUGAAGAAAGCUAAUGGCAUGUUGGCCUUGAUUGUGAGAGGAUUUGAGUUUAGGAGCAAGGAAGUCCUACUGCAGUUGUACAAGACCCUGGUGAGACAGUACCUGGAGUAUUGUGCACAAUUAUGGUCUCCUAAUUUGAGGAAGGACAUUCUUGCUAUUGAGGGAGUGCAGCGUAGGUUCACCAGGUUAAUUCCCGGGAUGGAGGGACUGACAUACGAUGAAAGAAUGGGUCGACUAGGCUUGUAUUCACUGGAAUUUAGGAUGAGAGGGAAUCUUAUAGAAACAUAUAAAAUUCUUAAAGGAUUGGACCGGCUAGAUACAGGAAUAAUGUUCCCGAUAUUAGGGAAGUCCAGAACCAGGGGUCACAGUUUAAGGAUAAGGGGUAGGCCAUUUAGAACUGAGAUGAGGAAAAACUUCUUCACCAGAGAGUUGGGAAUCUUUGGAAUUCUGUGCCACAGAAGGCAGUGGAGGCCAAGUCACUGGAUGUUUUCAAGGCAGUUAGAUUUAGCUCUUAGGGCUAAAGGAAUUAAGAGAAAAGGGGAAAAAGCAGGAACUGGGUACUGAUUUUAGAUGAUCAGCCAUGAUCAUAUUGAAUGGUGGUGCUGACUCGAAGGCCCACUCCUGCACGUAUUUUUCUAUGUUCUAUGAGAAAACAAAUUCCUCCUUUGGUGUAUUUUUUGGGGACUUUUUUUAAAAAACAAUAUAGAACCAGAAAUGUACCAUGAAUCUAUGGCCUUCCUUUAGCCUGAAAUUUAACUUCCCAAAAGAGGUCGCUUGCAACUGUUUCAGACUAAAGAAAAAAAAAUCUGCUGCCGGAGCUAAAUCUGCUCUGUCUAUCCAUCUUCCUUAAAUGAAAGUCAAGAGUGUUUUAUUGUUGUGUGCCCCAAAAAAUAGGACAAUUAAGUUCUUACUUGCAGUAUCAGCACAACAGGUUUAUAUACACAGUGCUCAAUACAUAUUAUAAUAAACAAAAAAUAGUUCAGUGAGUAAAAAACACAAUAUAGUGCUAAAGUAAAACAAAGCCCAGGCCGUUUGUAACGGAGCUUAUUUGCAGACCGUAAUGUUCAAUAGCCUGGUGGCUGUUGAGAAGAAGUUCCUUAACCUGGACGAAUGGCACAUAACCCUCUAAAUCUGACCUAUACUUGUACCUGUCCAGUUGUCUCUUAAAUGUUAUGAUAGUACCUGCAUGAUAUGAUAUUACCUGCAAAUGUUGCCUUUCUUUUUGAGACAGCACCUCAUAAAUGGCGAGGCGGUCUGUUUCCAUGCUACAUAACUCUGUGACAAUUAUACCAGACAACUUAGUGAUUUAAUUGACGAAAUGUGAAGAACAUUAUCAUGCAGACAGUUCUACUGCAACUGAAGUUAUCUUCUGCAUGACAGAAAACUGUGCAGUAUGAUUUGGAAAAUGGACUAUUCAGGAGCUAUCUUCUUAUGGCUUAUUCAUUUACUAUGUUUGGUAGUUUCCAUGACAUUUACUGUCCUACCAAACCAAAUUAACAUGCCAUCUCAACGGAACAUCAUUGAUUCAGCCCCUAUGUGCAUUUUAAGUCGUUGAGUUGACAGUACUGUGAGCUAAAGGCAUAAUGAAAAUCUUGCUUGCACAACAUCAUUGACGCAGUGACUCAAACAACAUACAAAAACAUAAAUGACACAUAAAUUCUUCAAGUAUAAAAAGAUAACAAAAUUCAAAUCUCAAUUAGAAAAACAAGUUCAUGAAGGUCCAUAGUGUUCUGUUGCUGAGGCAGGAUUAGGGUUGUGCAGGUCAGUUCAUGUAGCUCUUCCUGAUCCUGGUGAUGUGGGACUUUAGGCUUCCCUACCUCAUGCCUUACGGUGGCAAGAAGAAGAGAGCAUGACCCAGAUGAUGGGGAUACCUGAUGAUGGAUGCUGCCUUCUUAAGGCAGCACCACACGUAGAUGCUUUAGUCAUUGGGGAGGGCUGUGCCCAUGAUGGACUGAGCUGAGUCCACUACUCUCUGCAGCCUCUUGUGUUCCUGUGUGUUGAAAUUGCCGUACCUGGCCAUUAUGCGGUCGCUCAUGAUGCUUUUGACGGUGCAUCUGAAGAAGAUUGUAAGAUUAUUUGGUGACAUGCUGAAUCUCUGUAAACCUCUAAGAAAGUAGAGGGUCUGGUACGCCCUUUUUUGUAAUUACAUCCAUGUACAUUUAAUUAUUUGUUACACUUAAAAGUAGAGCAAUGUAAUCUUUAUCUUUGUAUUAAUUCGCUACAGUGUAAUACAGAACGGAAACAAGCCCUUUGUCCCAACACAUCCAUGCUAACCAAGAUGACCAUCUCAGCUAAUCCCAUGUGCCCGCAACUGGCCUAUAUCCCUCUAAACCAGGGGUUCCCAACCUUUUUCGUCCCAUUUACCCCUGGCAACUUGAAUAGCACAUAACAAUGAUAUUGCACUUAUAUAUGAACAUACAGUCAAUCAAUGAGAAAAAAUAUGUACAAAUCCAAAAUCAACAAAUUUACCCCCUGAGUAGGUGAAAUUUACCCCAGGUUGGAAACCCUUGCUCUAAACCAUUCCUACCAUGUACUCGUCCAAAUGUUUUUUAAAUGUUGUUCUUGACCCUCCACAGCCACUUUCUUUGGCAGUUCGUUCCGUAUACACGCCACUAGCGAGUACAGGCUUAAAGUGAGAGGGCAAAGACUUAAGAAGAACCUGUGGGGUAACUUCUUCAACCUGCCCCAAUCACGUUCUCUGGCAGCUCGAUCCAUCUGUGUGGUGCAUAUAUGGAAUGAGCUGCAGGAUAAAGUGGUUGGGAUAGGCACAAGAAAAAGUUGCCCCACAGGUCUCCUUUAAAUAUUUUCCCUCUCACCUUAAACCUGUACUCCCUAGUUUUGAUUCCCCUACCCCAGGAAAAGACACCUUAUUUCUGCCCCUCAUGAUUUUAUACACUUUUUUUUUUUUUUUUAAAUUUAUACACCUCUAUUAAAUAAAUUGACCAUUUCCCACUGCACCUACCUACCCACCCAUUGAAUUAGAUUACUGCAUUACAGUGUCAUUGCUAUUGACAGGCUUAGCAUUAUUAUGCAUCAUCUGUAUCAGAUUACCAUUAAGAUAAAGAUUUUGGGAAAUCUAAAUAUUAAAUUCCUCAAUUUGGCAUGAUGAUCUUCAUUUGCAAUUAACUGUUAUCUUGAAGGAAUAAAUUGUGACUUUUUUUAAUUCGAUUUCCCUCUUUGUUUUUCUCAGCCAGUUUGUCUUAUAAUGCAAAAUACAGCACCUCAAGAUAGUUUAAAAACAAGAUUUUCAAAUUUUAGGACUUUAAAUUAUCAGUUUCCUCACAAAAUAUACUACAGUUUAAAAGAUAACAUUUAUUAAUUAACUUUAGGUGGUCAGGCCCCUAAAACGGCUCAAACAUCGUAUAGGAGAAUGAUCCGCCAUUGCCACCAACAGCAAGGAAUGGUAUCCGUACCGGUUACGGGGAGAAGGUUAUGGGGAGAAGACAGGAGAAUGGGAUUGAGAGGGAAAACUAGAUCAGCCACAAUCGAAUGGCGGUGCAGACUCAAUGGGCCGAAUGGCCUAAUUCUGCUCCUUGUCUAACGAUCUAUAGCAUCCCUUUGUCUACAAAAAAGCACUGCAUAAGCCCCCCCCCCCCCCCCCCCCCCCCCCCCCCCCCCCCCCCCCCCCACACACAGACGCACACACACACACACAUGCAUUAGUGUCUCUGGAUCUGUUCAUAUGGACCACCUACUGGGCUGCUUCUCAUAUCGUUUCAAACAGGGCCUGUUUAAUAUUCUUCCAGUCGCAUGGAACAGUAAACUGCUUUGUAUAUGGUCAGCUGCUGCUCUUCACAGUAAUGCACAGUAUUUGUUCCUACUUCCAUAACAUUUGCAGCAGAUUGAAAAUGUUUUACAAGUAUUACCAUGGUGUUGUAUGGCCACCUGUACCUGUUUCAGUUGCUGUUAUGUGAUUUAUCUGCAGGGUGCUCAAAGUGCUUUGUGAUGUUGCUCUGGUCUGCCUCAACUAAAAAAGAUUUUUCUGUAUACCUGUUACACCAAUAAACUUUAAAGGAAAAAUUA